AUGUUGCCAAAUCAAGCACGCUAUGUGAUUGCUAUUAACAUAGAAACAUUAGCCGGUUCCUCAUUCGAAUUACUGGUGUCACCAUAUGAAACCAUAACAACCAUAAAACGAAAAAUUGAAAGACGAGAGGGUAUUCCGGUUUCACACCAACAUCUUGUAUGGAAAACGCAAGAACUUGAAGAUGAAUCGUGUUUACACGAUUAUAAUAUUGGAGAUGGUGGAACAAUUAAACUUGUUCUAGCCAUGAGAGGUGGACCGGUCAAUACCAAGCGCGUUCCCAUUGAGGAUAGUUUGAUACGUGAUAUGUCUGAAUAUAUUGACAUCAAAGAAGAUUACGGUGAUUUAUUUUCGAGCGGUACAUCGAAUAAAAAUGUUACAUUUCUUGUGUUACGCGACGGCGAUCAAUUUAACUUUUUUCAACUUAUCGAUCGAGGUGACGGUACACUAUCACCAAUGUCGGGCUCAAUGAGUACUGCAUCAAUGUACAACACGCAUGAAACUGUCGAUGUUGAACGUGAUGAUGAAAAACGACGAGCCGAAGAUAAAAGAACGAAACAGAAAAUGGAACUGAUCAAAUCAAAACUAAAAAAUACAACUACACUAUCAUCAAAAAAGGAACCUCAAUUGUUACCACCAAGACCUCCAUCAGGUAGUAAAUCUAAAACUAUUCGUCAAACACUUACAACAUCGUAUGGGGCUGGUGGUGGUUCACGUUUACGUCGUUAUGGUAGUGAUCGAAAUAUUAUGCUUGAUUCAACUUUGAGCAAUGUUAAUGAUAAUGAAAUAUCUUCAACAGCCACCACAGUAUUAGCUGACCAUCAUAAUAACAAUACUUCCGAUCGCAAAAGAAUACCGAAUACAAUUUCAACAACAAACAUAUUUAACACAUAUAAUCUGUUAUCAGCAAAAAAUUUGCAAGAGGAUGACGAAGAUGAGGAUGAAGAAGAAGAAGAGGACGACUCAAAUGACGAGGAGAAUGAUAGUGACGAAUAUAAAACAAGUUCAAUGAUCACUACAAAAAAAUUAUUUGGUUCAACGAGAUCGUUUUCACCAUCAAUAUUAUCAAACGGUUUCUUUUCUACAUCGGCUACGGCUGCCACAACACCGUUAACCACAAAUACAACUACUACUAAAUCGUUAUCAUCGUUAAAGCAUAGUUUAGAACAACAACAACAACAACAAAAGAAAGCUUAUCAGCAUUAUCAUGAUAAAAAGAAGGUGUCGAUGGCAAAACGAGAAGCAACAACAACAAAAACUUCAGUCGAAACAUUAUUAACAAAUAGCUAUCCAUCAAUGAAUUUAGGACUUAGUAACCAAGAUAUAACCAAUUCUCAGGAAACUGCAACGAAUGAUCUGACUAACUUUACUUCAUCUAAAAAUGAUUUAUUGCUUGACUAUAUUCAUCGUUUGUCACCUACUCAAUCGCAGCCAAUCUCGCCAUCUCCUUGUAUAACAUGUUCAGCAAAGCGUUUAAGCGAUCAGACUCAACCACAAUCAACACUUUAUGCAUCGAGUGGAAACGUUGCGAGUUGUGGCACAACAACAACUGAAAUUUAUCAUCAUCUUGCAUCAUCGACCGCCCUUGAUCUUGACGAUGAAACUAUUGGCACUACGAACAAUUAUGCAUCUUUAAGAAAACUUCAACAAUCACCAUAUAAGUGUUUACAUUCAUCAUUAUCAAAUAGUAAUGAUUCUUAUCUUCGAAAACAAACAGCUGGUUCGAUUAGUAACACUGGUGGAGAUCAUUCAAAUAGUCGUAAUGAAACAUCAUUGAGUAAAUGGCCUGAUACACCAUCGCCACAAAGUAAAUUAGACGGACAUUUUGGUCAAGAUGAUGAUAUAAUUAUCAGCGAGCAAUCAAAUAAUAAUGAACGUACACUCACCAGCCAUUCACUAUUUCGACAUCAAAAUAGUAGUACGAGUACAAUCACGCCCACACCAACAUUACCAAAUUUCCAGAACAGUGCAAAAAAAACACAACAACGUUAUCAUCAUACAACAAAUAGUACAUCAUCAUCUAUCGUUUCAUUUGAUCAACAGCGUUCGUCACCAUCAUUAAAUGUCAGACCAUUAGUACCACUAACAUUAUCAAAAUAUCGUCGUAUGCCUCCAGCAAGUACAAAUGCUCAACAAGGAACAACUUAUAGUACAUCAUUUUUUCAACAUCAGUUAAGUGAUACACCAUCACCAACAACAAAUGAUUGGUUCAAAAAUACAACAGCAACAACACAGAAUGAUUCAUUCAAUGAACAUCUGAUGUUAAAUAAUAAACGAAUUGAAAUGCUAAAAGCAGGAAAACAACAGUCGCCUAUGCCACCAUCGCCAUCAUCUUCGUCAACUGCAAUCUUUCCGCCGCCUUCCUCAAUUGUAUCAACAAAACGAGACAGUAAUAAUGAGAAUAAUUCAACAACAAAACCGGUUAUAUCAUCAACGUCUGUUGCUACACAAAGUUUGCCAUAUGACAGUACAAAAGUAACUAUAGAAACAAUCGGAUCCAAAACAGUGACAGCUUUAUUGAGGCAGAAUGCAACAAUUGAACCUGUUGAUACAUCCAGAGGCGUUGGAAGACAUUUAGUUUCACUGUUAACAACAGCAUCUAAAGAGACAUCUAAUAAAGAAGAACGUUAUAAGCUUGAUGCAAAACUAAAUCCAUGGUCCACAACAUCAAUCAAUGGUAGUACCAUUAGUAGUUUAAAUUCAACAACGGCUACAAUUUACAGUAAUACAAAUCCAAAUAAACUACCACCUGUUAUUAUUAGUCGUAAAUCAACAGCAAAAUGUUUUUUGUGCAAGAAAAAAACUGGUUUAGCUACAACAUAUUCUUGCAGAUGUGGUAGUUCAUUUUGUUCUGAACACCGCUAUCCCGAAGCUCAUAACUGUCCAUAUGAUUACAAAGCAGAAGGCAAACGAUUAAUUGAAAGAAAUAAUCCUGUGGUAGCUGCACCAAAAUUACCAAAAAUUUAA